AUGAUGUGGCAGGACAUGAUGGCCCUCGUUGCUAUCCUCGUCGCGGCAUUGGGCGUCUGCCUAAUCUGGUGCAUGGCACCAGCUGCAGAGGUGGUGGAACAAGGACAUAACGUGCCCCCCACGGGUCGAUGGAGGGGGAGGUGGCCGGGCUCGCAGCGGCAAAGGCCGGCGCCGGCGGCGCGGGUCGUCGUGGGGAAGCCGCAGCAGCUGGUCUACUUCUCGUACCCCGCAGCGCCCGACGCGGAGGGCGGCGGAGGGACGGCCGGAGCGUCGGUGGUGGUGUGCGCCAUCUGCCUGGAGGCGCUGGUCGCCGGGGCGGAGUGCAGCGAGGUGCCGGCGUGCCGGCACGUGUUCCACCGUGGCUGCCUCGCGCUGUGGAUCAAGAGCAAGAGCACCUGCCCGCUCUGCAGGGAGCUUGUCGUGGCAGGGUCAGAACCCAUCACGGCUGCCGAGGCCAUGGUUUAG